GGCGCGCAUGCGCAGCGCGGCGGCCGGGGCGGGAUGGCGCCGCCGGGGCUGCGCUCCGCCGACACCCGCGAGCUCUCCGAGGUGGUCUUCAACAACCGCAGCCCGCGCUCCGUGCUCCCCAUCUGGGUGGAUUUCGAGGGCCGGCCGCGCUACUACCCGGUCCUGCAGCCGCGCACCGGGCGGGUCAUGCACAGCUACCGCGGUCACCUCUGGCUGUUCCGGGACGCGGGGACGAACGACGGCCUCCUCGUCAACCAGCAGGAGCUGUUCGUGGCGGCUCCCGAAGUCAGCAAAGCAGACAUCACCCUGCCAGUGUUCACCCUGAAAGAGAGAUGUCUCCAGGUGGUGCGCAGUCUGGUCAAACCGAUGGACUACAGGAAACUGGACAUUGUUCGAUCGUUGUAUGAAGAGCUGGAAGAUCAUCCUGAUAUUAGGAAGGAUCUUCAGCGGCUUUCUCUGGAGAGAAGCGAAACGUUGAGGAAUGGAAUUCUGGAAUAACACAGUUACUCACUCCAGACUCUUUAAAUAGCAAACCACUGAGCUUAAGCAGGGAUAGUCACCAUGAAACAUGCCGAGAACUAAUGUCUGUGUUUUACGUUCUGAAACAUAAACUGAGUUAAAUUGUGGAAAACUUGCUGUGAUGGUAAGUCGGAUCCAAAAGGCUGAACGGCGUGUAGAAGCACGCCAGGUUCCUGAUGGCUCCGUUCUGUUCUUCGUUACCCGUAUUGCAAACCGAUGACUCCCGAGGCCUCGUGCAGGUGACGCUCAGAGAAGUGGUGUCUGUACUAUCUCAGAACACUGCAUAGGGACAUAAGAUCAGGUCAUCUCUUUGGAGAAUAUGUAUACAGAUCAAUUUUCUUUGUAUUAGAAAGUAAAUUACACCAAGGAUUAAUUUAAUCCAGACUCUAAUGAUUAUAAGUGGCAGACCAACACCAGUUUUUCUUUAAUGAUUUGUUUUUGAUGGAAUUUCACCCCCUCAUGUUUAGCCUAGCCUUGCCUGUGACUCAGAAAGUGUGUGGGGUGUUUGUGUAUGCGAGGGUUUCCAUCACCACCUGCUGAGGACCUGACCUGAGACAUUAUGUUCGUGGAAAGAUGAGGUGUAAAUGCUUGGGGUUUUUUCUGCCUCCUGCCUUUGCAUUUAUAAACCUAUGUCAUAUCAACUGUGAGCUGACACUUUUUUACACAGAUCAAUGCCCUGAACGCCUUUUUUGUCCAUGAUUGGAUUCUUGCCUACUUUAUCUCAAGGUGAUCCAACCAGGAUCCUAGUUUUGGGGCACCUUCCUUCCUCCUCCGCAGGUGCUUGCCCAGCUGCCAGUGCAGGCGCAUCAGGCAGCGUUCCCAGCGGGUAGGUGCUCCGAGUCCUACCUUUCCCCAUCGCAAUGCAGUUCAGGUCGUAGUGGGAGGCCUUGUCAGGGAGCGUGGACCACUCGAGCUGCUCGUGUCUCCUAAGGAACAGGCAGCAGACUGUAUCAGCUCCUACGGGCCUAUUGCUCGGUCCGGCUCACAGGCAGACCCAUGCUUUAUUACAGGAUAGAAAAGCAGAGGAAACGUUUCUUUACCUAUAUUCUGUUCCCCCCAUGCCUCAAUUAGAAUGUGUAUUUGCGUGAAUGUACACACGUAAUUCAAGGCAGCAUAGUUUUUAGCAGGUACAUGAAUUGUCCACCAAGUAACAGAUGUUGCUGUUCAAUGUUAGAAGCGGAUUGAUGGGAGAUUAUAGCAGGUUAUUUCUGUGAUUUCUGUGGCAUACAUUUCUUUCCAGCUUUACAUUCUAAGAAACAUAGCUCUGAAACUGAGAAUAUCAACGCAUUCUGUAAGUAUGAAAUGUCUCCCCUUUUGUAGACUUGUUUUUCUUACAUAUUUGAAGUGUAUUAAUUGUUCUUUGUCGUAAAAAUGUAAAUCCACGCUAACUUUUUUUACUCUGCUUCUGUCAAAUGACUUCACCGUGCUUGUGACUGUAUGCUUGUAUUGCUGCACUACUCCUGCAGGUCACUCUGGUCGAUCAGUAGCAGAUACUUUUGGAUUGAGUUUACGGGCUGUUCAGCAUCCUGCCGCUGCAGGACUGCGCCGUGGCCAACACCGAGCUGCUGUCACAACUUCAGGCAGUGUCUGUGCGUGAACAUAGCUACAUGACAAUUUCUGCUUUUACCGCCCUUUGCAGAUCUUUUUCAGAGACAAGUGGGCCAGUGCGGGCCUGGGGAGCAGACAUCAGCGAGCCACCCCGCUCCUGGGGAUCCCUUCAGUCGGAGGGUGCCGCGCGGUGCUCUGCAGGUAGGGUCCUGCAGGGACCCGAGGGGAGUUUCUCUCCUGAUGCCCUUGCGAUGCUGUGCGUUGCCAUUAACGUGGCAGUGCUGCCAGCCAGCUGCAGAAAACUGGCCUGCUUGACUCUGGAGUUUUAAUGUAGUAGGUAUUAGGUUUAAUAGAUCUGUACAUCACACACAUUCUGAAUUUCCAAUUUAUAUGGGAUCUGGGAUCUCUUGUGGUGCUUAUUAGAGUAAUUUAAAUUUA